AAUACAGUAGCUUUAAUAUCCUUGGCAGUUAGUAGGUGUACAAAUUACUACCCUUGAGUUAUGUGAUUGAUGUACGAUUUUUAUACAACCUUAAGAAAAUUUAAUUUUCCCUAGAGUUUUGCAGUCUAUGCCACUGAGGAACAUACCUUAACAACUCUGAGCCUUUUAGACCUGAAAGGUAUGAGUAUAUUGACCAUUGGGUAAUAAAUUUUGUACUUGAGGAAUCUUUAGUACUAAUUAAAGUAUACCAGACAGGUCUGCAUGCUGUGUCUGAAUGAAAUAAAACAACUUUGUUGUGCUCUUUAAUUUGGUAUUGGUAGCUAGAAGCUCACUGCUACAGAUUUUUCUAAUGCGGUGGGUUAGUGAGGUAAUGAGAGGUCGUUUUCGGCUCAAAAGCAUCCAACUAUAGAAGUUCGUUUAUUGGUCGUUCCCUUUUGUAGCAGUGAUUGCUUGCCGGAGUAGCUCCAAUUCCUCAAAAAUUUGCUGCCUCAAAAUGGUUACCCGACACGUUUUGUCUACAAGAACAUGAAACCAAGACCAGAAAGAGGAGAAUGCAAUUCAGCGCCGAAGAAAACUCUGUAUAUGAAUCUGAAUUUCAGGGGAGAUUUGACAGCUGAUAUCCUAAAGAGGAGAAAUCCAGCUCUUUAAAGAAGACCUUUCCUGCAGCAACACUAAAAGUGACAUUCUCUAGCCGUCCAAUACUUCGAAACAACGCGAAGGACAAACUCUCGCAUAUGACCAAUUCAAUGUGCAUAUACCAGUUCACCUGCUCCCGCGGAGCUAGGUACAUAGGUCGUUGUAUGCGCGUCCUUUCAAAGCGUGUUAGAGAACAUUACCCAGCAUGGCUGCAAAGUGGAGGCACCAGUUCAAUCAGAAGUGUCAUAAUUGAACAUCUGAUCAACACCUCCCACAACAAUCUCAGCUGAUACAUUCAAAAUCAUUUACAAAGUAAACAGAAACUUACCAAAGGUAGCAUGUUUCCGACUUCUUUGUAAUGUAGAAGCUCUCGCAAAAUGCAUCAAAAAGCCGAAGCUGUGUGUUCAAACGAAACUAGUCCAACCUUUACAACUACCAUGGACCUAGUUCGUCUUGUUACUGGUAUUGGUGAAUUCGACACGUAUUUUGGCCAAUCACGAUCACAGAUUCCAGAUUCAACAGGGAGAUUAACUUCAUUACUAGAUUAUCCAUAUUUAUUACUCGAUGUAAGAGACAGAGAUGAGUACGAUGCAUGCCAUAUUAUAACAGCUCGUAAUUAUCCUAUUGCAAUGUUAUCACGUAGUGUGAAUUUCGAAACUACCGAAAUGUUGGCCUAUCGUAAUCGAUCAGAUCAUAUUAUUAUUAUAUAUGAUGAAGAUGAACGCUUAGCACCGCGAGCUGCAACCACAUUAGUACAACGAGGAUAUUGUAAUUUAUUCAUGUUGUCUGGUGGGUUAAAGGUGGCAUGGAAAUUAUUCCCAGAAGGUUUAAUAAUUGGAACAAUACCAUUGUCUAUUUCAUGUACACUGAAAUCACGUGGGAAAAGUCGAUUGUAUAGGCCGCCAACAUGUCAAAAUUCACUGUCUAGUUCUAUGAAUAAAGAGUCAUGUAUUCAUCAUAAUUCAUCAGAUAUAUCUUUACCAAUACUUCAACGAAGUACCACACCACUAAUCUAUUGUGCUAUAGGGACAAGAGAUAAUGUUGAAGGUGAUGAGGAAUUUCUACCUGAAGAUCUUGUUCGGUUAACUUUACAAUUAGAAAAAGGUGUUGAUGAUGGACGUUCUGUCAGAUCAAAUUAUGCACGUAGUACUAUAUCAUCGAUGCGUUACUCAGCCUCUGGUGAUCGGAAACCAUUUCGUUAAAGAAUAUUAACAAGAAUGCAUUGAUUGAAUAAGUGUCUAUAAAAAGAUAUCAGGUAGUAAUGAAGUAUGUUUGCUUCGAAGUAGAAGUUUUACUAGAACUUCUAUGUGUGAAUGUGAGUAUAUAUUCAUCAAUAUGUCAGUGUGUGAAGGUAACUCACUCUUGUGUACUUUCAUGUUAACGUAACUUUUUAUGUGUGAUAGUUUCAUGGGUUUUAUCGCCAUGGUUAUAAUUAAUAUCAUCAUUAUCGCAAUAUAUACAUAAUUUAAAUAUUUCAUCCAUUCAGUUACACAUGUGAUUGCAUAACACAUUUGUGAAAAUAUACAUGUAUUGUAUAUUCAGUACGGAUACAUGUUUCUUCUUGCCAUCAUCCUCUGCUUUCUUGUGUUAUUUCUUAUUCCCCCUAAUCUUGUAUGCUCCCUUCUCACUUUGUCUCAUAUAUUCUUUUGAAUACAUUUUUUGUUACUCAGCUUAAUACUUUCUGCUCAUUUACUUGUUUUCCCAGUUUGAACAGGUGUCAUGUCUUUCCCCUCACAUGUCACUUAUUUCAGUUUUUCUUCCCUUAUUCAUUCAAUCUAUUCUCUUUCCCUUUUUAAAUUAAGGAAUAUAUAAUAAUAUUUUCUGCGUAGAUUAUAAAAUUGGAUACAAUCGAUUAAUGCAGAUAAACAGAACACAGGAGGCUAGAACUGAUAAAGGAGAAAGAUAAAGAUACUUGUGUGUCGGUGGCAUAGUGGUUAGGACUCUCGCCUACCAUGCACAUAGUCCGAGGU